AUGCCUUCGCCUAAGCAGAGAAAAGUCGCUAUUGUUGGCAGCCGAGCUGUCGGUAAGCACAGCACCACCAUCCCAACACACAGUCUCUUGGACACUACCCCAGCUUGGACGAGACCCGAGACUCUUUUGCCUGACCCGAAUCCCAUCUUGCUACCUUAUUUCUUCUUUUUCAGUUUGCUUUUGCAGUCGGCUAAUGCUUGUUAUGCGGCCAUUCCAGGUAAAUCCUCGCUGGCUGUCCGUUUUGUAGACGGGCACUUUGUCGACAGCUACUACCCAACCAUCGAAAACACUUUCAGCAAAACAAUCAGGUUUAAGGGGCAAGAUUACUUGACUGAAAUCGUCGAUACAGCUGGUCAGGACGAAUACAGUAUCUUGAACUCCAAGCAUUUCAUUGGAAUUCACGGCUACAUAUUGGUGUAUGCGGUGUCGUCCCUAGCAUCAUUCGAGAUGGUGCAGUCUAUUCGCGACAAGAUUCUGAACCAUUUAGGAACCGAGUCGGUGCCGAUCGUCAUAGUUGGAAACAAGUGUGACCUACGUCCGGAGCAGCGCCAAGUCAGCAUGGAGGAUGGGCGCAAGCUCUCCGAUCGACUUCAGUGCGGAUGGACCGAGGCCAGUGCAGCAUACGAUACCAAUGUGGCUAAGGCUUUCGAGCUCAUGAUUGCCCAAAUCGAAAAAUCCCAGGCUCCAGGCGAAGCGCCACCCAAGAGCAACUGCACAGUUAUGUAA